CUUAACUUCUCUAAUUAUAAAGAAAAAGAGAUUGAGAAAUAGGGUUUUUUAAUAGUUUGGGCGACGUUUCUCGUGCGUCUUCUAUUCCAUCGGCGACGAGCGGCGACUGGUGGUGUGAGGUAGAGAUUAAGAAAUAGGGUUUUUUAAUCCUUUGGGCGACGUUUCUCGUGCGUGUUCGAUUCCAUCGGCGACGUUUCUCCGGCGACGAGCGGCGAUUGGUGGUGUUCUUUGGUUGGUCUGAAUAGCAAUUGGAUUCAAGGUUAGUUAUUUAGGUUUCAAUUAUAAUAGAAAAUUAGAACCUGUAAAUUUAUAGCUUAAAAACAUGAUAGAGAUUGAGAAUUCAUUGCCAGUCCGUCGUGUUCAUGAGCGGGAGGAGUUAUUGGUGCCUAUUGCCAACCAGGAUGUCUUAGGUUCGCCAUUAUUUGAGUUAAAUUACAUUAGUGUAACCACUGACACUUUUCAAAAAUAUGAUAAAGAGUCUGGUUUUCCACUUCUUACAAUGUCGUUUCUCGAGCUUUAUGGCCAUAUCACUCUUACUGAUGAUCUCGACAACACAUUCACCCUUUUUCGUCGUGACGUUGAUGACCCUAAAACCGUGUUUCUGCCUGAUAACCAACUUCGAGCAAAAAUCAUUCAGAAUUUCGAACUUCAAACCCCUCGCGUCUUACCAAAGACAAUUACCUUGCAUUUUUAUCUUCUUGACAAAUAUCGAAAUAUUGUUAUUCUUGAUGAGAAAAAGUUCAUUGAUUGCUCUAGAGAGUUGCCAAUGCCAUAUGAUAAAGAUUUCCUUGUUAGUUAUGACAAAUAUCACAUGUGUGGAAAGUAUAGCUCUUGUCUUCAAUUGGUUGAUGUGUCAUACAUCAUAUUCAAGUGUGCAAUAUCUGCUUGCGUUGGCAUUGCGGUUGUGGAAACUGGUGGAGAAGGUGGAAACGAUGGAAGGGUAGGUGCUCAAGUAAGUGGAACUAUAUCUGCUUCAAAUAAAGCGACAGAUAUGAAAGUUAUGGUUCUUAAUAAGUCACCCGGCGAAGAGUUGAAGUUGGAAUUUGGAGCUUUUGCCAAGUUGUCUUACUUUGCCGUGCCAUCAUAUUCCUUGCUUGACCUUGAAGCCAAAUUGAAUAUCAAUGGCGAGCAAAUUUCCAGUAAGGAUGAUGAUUUGUUAUUUGAGCCAACAAGCGAGUGCUAUCCUUGGUACCAAAAGGAGAUUGUGGGGAAGAAAUGUCGUGUCUUAGUGUUUGUUUCUUGGAGACAUGCUAUUUAUUUCCCUGAUUAUGAUUUAUCUGAGUUUCGGGGUGCCCAUGAAGAAAUUGAAUAUCCUUUCUCAGUUAAGAAAAAGAGCAGUAUUCCAAAGUUUAAGGAAAAGGGAUCAACAACCAUAAAGUCAAACCAUACAAACGAAUACAAGUCCUUUGAUAUCAAACCACGAGUGCUAGCCUCGAGCAUGCUGGAGAAGAGGGUGAGGAAGUGGAAAUCUGAUGUUGAAAAACUUGUGGAAGUUUUCUCGAUUUCCAUUUGUUCAUCUGAUGGUGGCCUUACUUCUACUGUCUAUGGUAAAAUCUCGUGUAUUGAUUACAUUGGGAAGUUUGUUAUCUUCAAAAGAGAUAAGAAGAAACUUGAGAGGGUUGACACCUUGCAAUCUGAUGGAACUGUACAAUUGGGAGAGCCUGGUCGUUGUUACAUGUGCCCAUUUUUUUGUUUAAAUUUUGACAUUAAGGAUGAUCAAGACCGUGAAAUCUGCGUGGGGUAUGUGUCCCAUGAUUCCGCACCAGCUGAUAGUUGGCUUAAUAGGCGGCUCUGUUCAGUUGUUCGGGGCCAGUAUGGUUAUGCUGCCGUGUACUAUACAAUUUUCAGCGAUGCUUUAGAAGCCAAACUUAAAUGCACUGUAGAGUCUGUCACUGGACGUGCUGUUUAUUGUCAAGUUAGUGGCAAGAUUAUUGCUAUGUAUAGCAAUAGCAGAUACCCUACCAUCUUUGAAAAGAAGUUUUAUCGAAGUACACUGUUUAAUAAGGGAAAGGGGGAGUUUGUAGAUUCAAAUGAUGGUAAAAUUCCAUUGGAAAAAUCUCUGGUUGCUGUGUCACGUGAUGAUAAACUGAUUGUGGCAGCAGACAUUUGUGUGCGGAUUGAUGGUUAUCCCAACUUAUUGAAGUUUGAGGCAAUGUUCACCCCUGAAAAUCCUGAGAAAAGAAUCAUCAGUGUUUGUGAAGGAUCAAACUACAGUUUCUCUGUUUCAGUGGAAUGGAGUCAAUGACUUGUUUAUCGAGUCCUAUAAUCAAAUUUUACUACUAUUAUUUUUUAGGAUAUAUGUUCAUAUCUGUUUGGUGAAACGUUUCUGUUCAUCUGGGUUAAUAUUGCCCAUCAUCCAUCCUAAAAUGAUUAGUUUCUUUAAGAAAGUUGUUUAGCUGCUUGUUAGGUUUUCGACUGGUGAAUAAAAAGUUUUUAAUCUAAAUUAUUACCUUUUUCUAGGUUUUCGACUGGUGAAUUAAAAGUUUUUAAUCUAAAUUAUGACCUUUUUUCUAGGUUUUCGACUGGUGAAUUAAAAGUUUUUAAUCUAAAUUAUGGCCUUUUUUCUUCUUCUAAUUAUAAUUAUGCAUGUAGUGAUUAGCAAUGUUAGAAGUACUACUGAUUUUAGUUAAAUUCACACUGCAUGUUCUUGGUAUGGGAAAGGUUGAAAACUGAACAACAACUUGUGACUUUAGAGCUCACUGCCUUCAUAACUUAUGUACUUAUGGGAUUGUGUUUUCCGUUAGAAGUUUACGUUUUUAAUGAAGGUUGUUUGUCUUGCUGGUUUAGGUUGAUCGGUUUUGAUGGGUGUUCGUUAAUUUUUGCUUAUGCUUUCUGCUUUGUAGUUGUGAUUUGAUUUUUUUUGGUGGAUUAAUUAUGGAAUGUAUUAUAUGAAUGUUAAUGCAUUUGUUUAGCUAAUCAUAUGGCAAUUCCAUUCUAAAUUGUUUAUUAUAUUUUUGUAAGUACUUAUCGAAUCAUAUCGCAAAAUGUUUAUAGGCAGCUGGUGAACUUUAGCAGGAUCAUAUGUUGUAUCAUAUGAUCUCCGGCACAGCUGAUCGGCUCUUGGCUAUACCCGCCGCCACGUUGGCACUCCACUGCAGCAAGACUCUUUAGGGAUGGCCGCGUAAUCCCUUAUGAAAUCUGCGCAGGGUGACAACUCUGUUAUGACAGUUCUGCAUUUGGUUGACCGUGUUUCGAACAAGGCAGAACUUGAACCGUACUGUGGCAGAUGAUGCAGGGCUAGAAUGGUAAUAACAACACCAAGACAGAGAGCACUUAUUUUAGCAGCACCUGCAAAACCUGCAUAAAAAUCAAUUACUUAGAAACACAGAAAUUAUGUUCAAGAUGCUCGGAACACAUUUAAGAACAAGUUUUAGUAAGAAACUUCUGACAACGGCAAAAAUAACAGAAUGGGAUGCAAUAAAAGAAAUGAUUACUUGGAGCAGUCGGUGUCUGAGCUGAUUGGAGGGAAAUUGAGGUUGACUGCGCAUUUGCUAGGCAGAGAAGCAACAAGAGCAGGAUCAUAAGUAAAGGCAGCCAUUUCAGUCUUCAAACAACUGCAAAUGGAGACCUGGUUAUCAUGGGUCAUAGCCAUGUUCGCCACAUUCUGAACCCCAGUGCAACAAAUAUCUGAAGGCGAAGGAGAUGUGUGUGAAAUGUACGGUAAACAAGGGGCAGUAUAUGAUACCACAUCCGGGCAUGAAGGAGCAGUUUCUGCACUAAAGGUUGAUCUUGCAAAUAGUAAGCUCAGUACAGCAAUGUAACCAAGAAAACAAGUCAUUUUGUUUGCCAUAAUAUUGAAGUUUGUAAUGUAGCUUAGCAGAAGAGGAAGUAGUGUAGUACAGGAAAGAUGUGUUUGUGUGUGUUUGAGAAAGGAAUAGUGGGUUGUGCUAUAAAUAUACACGAUUGGGGGUUUAGAAGCUACAAUUUCUGUGUGGAAAGUUACUACUGGGAAGAAAUCUUCUUUCUGCUUCCUAGAUUAUGCCACAAAUUAUGCUGUCAUGCUUUUUGCACA